AGCAGAUGACGCGAAGAAGGAGCGAGUGAGCGGAGGAAACGCAGCGCAAAGCCCGACGAAGCUUGAUCAGCGCAACACCUCUGGCACACCUCGUCCGUCAUCUUUAGAACGACAGCGCUGCAUGAUUCCCAUCAUCAGCAGUAUUGCGACGACAAUCAAAGCUCAAUCACCAUGAGCUCACCGGCUGCGGCCAUCACGCCCGCCAUGGCAGCUCUCCGGGCUGCUCGACCAACCCUCUCGCGCCGCUCGAUGGCAGUCAUCCAGAAUUCGAGAUACCCGAUUGUCUAUGCCGCGCAACGCGCCACUUUCUCCACGACACCACAAAAUGCGUUGCCUCGCGGGGCAGAGAGCAUGUUCGGCGCGGCGACCGGCGGUGGGAGCCCAAGCACAUACUUUCAGCGAUCGAGCCUGCCCGCCAACACCAUAAUCAAGUUCGUUCCACAGCAAACAGCAUGGAUCGUGGAACGUAUGGGUCGCUUCAAUCGUAUCCUUCAACCUGGACUUGCGGUUCUCAUGCCAGUGAUCGAUCGCAUAGCAUAUGUGAAGAGUCUGAAGGAGAAUGCUAUGGAGAUCCCAUCUCAAAGUGCCAUCACCGCAGACAACGUUACUCUCGGAAUCGAUGGUGUACUGUACACGCGAGUGAUGGACCCAUACAAGGCCAGCUAUGGUGUGGAGGAUGCGGACUACGCCAUCUCGCAGCUCGCGCAAACAACGAUGCGAAGUGAAAUUGGUCAGCUCACUUUGGAUCAUGUCUUGAAAGAGCGAGCAGCGCUCAACACAAACAUUACACAAGCGAUCAAUGAAGCUGCGGCAGACUGGGGCGUGCGCUGCCUUCGAUACGAAAUUCGGGAUAUCCACGCACCAGGACCUGUAGUCGAAGCGAUGCACAGGCAGGUCACAGCGGAGCGGAGCAAACGUGCCGAGAUUCUGGAUUCUGAAGGUCAGAGACAGUCUGCCAUCAACAUCGCAGAGGGUCGGAAGCAGAGUGUCAUCCUGGCAUCCGAAGCUAUCAAGGCAGAGCAGAUCAACGCUGCGUUCGGUGAGGCUGAAGCCAUUGAGCUGAAAGCUAGGGCCACAGCCAGAGGUAUCGAUGCAGUAGCAAAGAGUCUAUCUGAGGGCAAGCAGGCAGCGCAGGGCGCCGUAUCGCUGUCGGUGGCGGAGAAAUAUGUGGAUGCAUUUGGCAAGCUUGCCAAAGAGGGAACUUCGGUUGUAGUUCCAGGAAACGUGGGAGACAUUGGCCAGAUGAUCGCCACGGCGAUGUCAGUGUACGGCAGUGUUGGCCAGGCUCAAGCAAAGGCUCAAGCGCAAAAGCUGGUCACUGGAGAGGACAGCGCCACGUCCGCCGGGCAACAGUCGGAACACCGAUCGCAGGACAAGGAUUCAAUCCAGCAGAGUGUGCUGGAGAGCUUUGAAAGCACAAAAGAGCGGCACUGAUGCGCUAUCUUUGGGAAGAUUAUGUUUUGCAUGCAAGAGCGACUGCAUCAGCGUUUUAUGGGAUUCGAAAAGUGAUAUGACAUGUUCGUCCAACUCAGCAGGCACUAGCAGAUGCCAGUGUAUAGAUAUUGUACAAUCACAACUUCAUUUGUCGUCAGCGUGGUCGACACAAGGAGGCGGAUUUGAGUCCAGAAUGAACAACAACGUGAAUGAAGGUUCAAAGGUGUGAAUGGUGGCUUUUGAGGACCUGCAUGUGAAGAAUCAGAGGGGUUCCGAACAGCUGUGGAAUUGGGGGCCACAAAGUUGGGAGAAUGAGCAAAGCAAAAGAAGUAUGCAUAGUGGUGUUGCUACUCGAUUACCAUCGAUCGUCGAUGAAGAAGACUUCAAAGUGGACAGCUCAAGCAGGUGUGAAGAGCAGCAGAAACCGCCGUCAGCACAUGGUCUGGGUGUCCAGACCGCAAGUUUCCAUGCCGAUGUUGACCCAGAUGAGCGUGAUGCUGCUUGUGCUCGUGCGUGUGAUGCCUCGUGGGUGUGACGAAACCCUCUCUCCUCCAC